GGAAGAAAUAAAAUCUAUAAGGGACAAUUUAAGAUCGUAUGGAAUUAAAAUUGAAGAUGCGACUAGAUUACCGGAGGUGAAUCUUAAAUUACCUCCUUUGGAAGGAGACGAUAUAGAGGAACACUUUUAUAACAUUGGAAGGGUGGACUAGAUAUACACAGGAUAGAAUAGAGACUGUAAAUCACCCGUUAGAAGACGGUAUUAUUUUUGAUGUAGAAGUUUGUAUGAAAGAAGGACCUUUACCAACACUUGCCACCGCUGUAACUAACCAAGCUUGGUACGGUUGGGUAUCAAAGUCUUUGGCAGACGGUCUAAGUAGAAAUUUUGAUGGGCAACAGUUUCAUAUGGAUCAGUUGAUUCCAAUGGAAAGCGAACCUACAGAAUAUGGAAAAAAAUUAAAUAAUUAUCAUAAGAAAGCAAAAAUUAUGGUAGGUCAUAACGUGUCGUUCGAUAGAAGUAAAAUUAAAGAGCAAUAUUGGUUGAAUCGUACAGGAUUACGGUUUAUCGAUACAAUGUCGCUUCAUAUCUCUGUUAGCGGGAUUAAUAGCUAUCAAAGAUCGAUAUUAAAUGCGAAAAAAGAUUCGGAAGAAAAAUUUGAUUUGCAUCAGCAAACCUCUUUAAAUAGUUUAGCAGAAAUACAUAAAUUUUAUUGUGGCAACGAAGUAAGUAAGGAAUUUAAAAAUGUAUUCGUAGAAGGAAGUUUGAAAGAUGUAAGAGAAAAUUUCAAAUCUUUAAUGAACUAUUGCGCAAACGACGUGUUGGCGACACAUAACGUCUUAUGCCACUUAUUUCCUAUUUUCGAAGAUAGAUUUCCUCAUCCUGUUACUUUAGCAGGAAUGUUAGAACUUGGAACAGCAUAUUUACCCAUUAACUCAAAUUGGCACAGAUAUUUGAACGAGUCGGAAUCUACGUUCGAAGACUUAAACUACGAGACUAAAUUUACUCUUGCUAAAAGAGCGAAUGCUGUUUGUCAACUCAUGCACGAUGAAAAAUAUAAAGAAGAUUUAUGGAUGUGGGACGAAGAUUGGAGUACUCAAGAAAUUAAGGUGAAAUCGUUAUCGUCGGUAAGAAAUAGUAAAAAGAAAUAUGAAGUUGAAAACACGGAAAGAGAAGAAACGGAUGCACAAAAGUAUUUGACCGACGGAGAAAACGACGAGGAAGAUCCUCUGGAGAAAGAAUUUGCAUAUUUGAAAGAAACAAGGAAGCUAUUACCUGCGAAACCACCGCAUAUGUCAGGAUAUCCUGCAUGGUAUAGGAAACUUUGUUCAAAACCGAAUGAUAAAGACUGGGCACCUGGUCCACAAAAUAUAAGUACUUCUAUGCAGAUUGUACCAAAACUGUUGAAUCUGACAUGGGAGGGUUAUCCAUUGCAUUAUAUAAGGAAAAAGGGUUGGGGUAUUUUGAUACCUUAUAACAAUGAUUCGAAUAUCGAAACCAAAGUACCUUUGAAACAGCUUCUGGUUCAAUGUUCUUUACCGCAAACAGAAGGCUUAUUCAAUGGAACAGAUUGUUCAAUGUCAACUCUGGAUAACGACGUGGAAAGCAAUUUAUAUAAGAAAGAUUUUUGGUAUUCUUCUAAGACAAAGAAAUCCAGUAAUCGUUUAAGUUACGUUUAUAAAGGUAGCGCCGUUUGGUGUAACAUAGUUGUAGAUAAUUGUUGUUAUUUUCUUAAAUUGCCCCAUAAAGAUGGAGCAAAUUAUAAUGUUGGUAAUCCGUUGGCCAAAGAUUUUUUGAAUAAGUUUUCGGAAAAUGUUCUCGCUGGUUUAGACAGCAGCGCCACAGAAGUACUAAACAUUGCUAAAAUGAUGUCAUAUUGGAGAAACAAUAGGAACAGGAUCAUGUCACAAUUUGUAAUAUGGUUCGACGAUUUAUCCUUAUCAAACACUGUUAAAAAUACUAAAAAGUCAAUGCGUUACGGGGCUAUUUUACCUUUGGUAGUCGUAUCUGGAACAUUAACUAGGCGAGCGGUAGAACCCACGUGGAUGACUGCUUCUAAUGCUCAUCCGGAACGCGUUGGAUCGGAAUUACGAGCCAUGAUACAAGCUCCACCAGGGUAUAAUAUUAUCGGAGCUGAUGUCGACAGUCAAGAGUUGUGGAUCUCGUCGAUGAUAGGAGAUGCUUAUUAUAAAAAGAUUCAUGGAGCUACACCUUUUGGUUGGAUGACUCUAAUCGGUACCAAGUCCAAUGAAACCGAUAUGCACAGCGUUACAGCUAAAGCGAUUGGAAUAUCGAGAAGUCAAGCUAAGAUCAUAAAUUAUGCUAGAAUUUAUGGUGCAGGACAAAAGUUUGCGGAAAGACUUUUAAAGCAAUUUAAUCCAUGCAUGACAGAUGCAGAAGCUGCAUUUAAAUCUCGGAAAAUGUUCACCAUGACGAAAGAGGAAAAUGUCCAAAGCAACUAAACGAAAACAUGUCGUUAAAGAAGUCGAAGAUCUAAGUCUUCCUAGCGAAUCGCAAUCAAUUGUACGAAUAAUCGAAUCGCGCGGUAAUAAUCUUCACGAAGUCGUAGAUUUGACCGGAGACCGAUAUCUUGUGUCUAUG